ACAGGUAUACCCGUGAAGUAGAUAACUGGGGUGAGUCACUUGACGGGUGAUAUUGUAACAUAGGAUGCCCCUACAGGUCAGUCGGUGUGAAAGGUUGGCCGAUUUGUAAAUGAAAUUGGAGCGCGCUAAUUUGACUAGCGAUAUCCAUCACUGCGCAUCUGCCGAUUUUUCACCAAAUGCAGUAUAAAUAGCUUGUCCAGAAAGCCCACGUUUCAGAUUGUUUGUAAAUACAACGGGGAUUAGAAGUUCCGAAUAUCUAAGGAACAGACGGAAUUUAUUUUAAAAUAGCUUUCAUCGAGAUGUCAUUUGGAGCUGCCAUUAUUUCAGCGCUAAGAAAGAAGAAAUGGCACCGAUCUCGAUACGAUGUGAGCGAUCUUGGCAUUGCAGAAGUCACGUGCUUAUCUUUGACGGACCUGUCCAACUUGCCUGUCCCCUACAAAAACACGUUCGUAUCUAAAUCAGAAGACAAUCUGCUGGACGAGAAGCUGUACAUCAAAUCCAGAAACUCCAACUUGAAUUGUAAGAAAAACUGGAAGCGGACUUCUCUAAAUCUUUCAAUCGACCCAGAAGAUGAUUGGAAAGACGCUUCUCUGAAUCUGUCCAAUGCUGAUUCUGCUAUUUCCCUUUCAUUUCGAGAUUCUGUGAAAUGUAGCAGACGACCAGUGUCCUGUUACGCGGACUAUACAUCAUCACGUGAGUUUCUGUCUGUUGCUGAGGAAGCUAACGAAUCUUCCAAUACCGAUUUUGGCUAUGAUUCAAUGAAUGCAAGCUCUGAUUCGGUUUUGAAUUUGGUGAGGAAGUCGAGCAUUCAAGACAAAUCCCGAAAAAUCAUGAUAAAAAGGCGCCAAUUUGUUAAGAAACGGUCACGUGACAGCCAGGUUUUCAGUGAUGACGAAAACAAUGAUUUGAAGUAUUCUAAAUCGAACAGUCAAUCUAGCGAGAAUGUCAUUUCAGUUGAAUCGAAAGAAUGCACGAAAAGAUCGCUUCAUAGAAAUACUCCUGCAAGAAAUCGAGAUGAAAAAUGUCGAUCAGUUCAUUUUGAUGACGAUGUCGAAGAGGAAAGCUUUGUGAAACAGCAACUUACCAAGUCAGUAUCCACUUUAACUCUGUGUAGAAACAAUAGUGUCCAGCUGAAAUCAUGGCAAAUUCGGAGGCAGCGCCGUGCGAUGCUCAACAAACAUAGAAGAGCCAUUCGUCAACUGGAAAACAUGAAGUACGAAGAGAGACUUGUUUGAAAACGAUCCAACAUUGAACUUCUUUGUAAAUACUUUGUAAUUACCUGUAAAUACUUUUUGUAAUUAUCAUGGCCAUAUUUUGUAAUAUUUAUAAUUAAGAUUAUGCUUAAAAUUCCGUACCAGAUGAAUACUCUGUUAUUGAAUGUGUAUUAUAUGUUAUCUAUUUAAAACUUACACAUGUAUACUAUACAUUCAUGCAAGAUAUAAAAAACUAAACAAAUCUGAAA